GUGUGUGUGCGUGUGGGUGGGAAUCGUCCGUGAGCGGAAGCGGAGUCGCGGAAAGGUGACGGAGGGGCGCGCGCAGGGUGGCAGUGUACCGGAAGCGCGCGCGGACAGGUGGGACGCAGAGCGACAGGUGAAGAAGAGAGAGAGAGACUCUGACAGAGAGACAGGCAGCCAGUCUCUGUGGGAUCGCACACACGGUUCAUCAGCUCGAGCCGUCAGUUUACCCAGCAGCCCUUACUCCCAGCCAGGCGAGAACUGUGCCGUCUAGACAGGAGAAGUGAAAGUGCAGAAUCAUCCACCCAGGAGUUUAUGGGAUUUAGGUGGCAAUGUCUCCUGGAGAGGACGGCCUGAUUGGGAUCCCCUUCCCGGAGCACAGCAGCGAGCUCCUGUCCCGCCUCAAUGCACAGCGGCGCUCGGGUCUGCUGUGUGACCUCACAUUGACCUCCCGUGGUGCCCGCUACCCCACACACCGCUCUGUCAUGGCUGCUGUCAGCCUCUAUUUCCGCCAACUCUUUGGGGCGGAGGAGGGUGCAGAGGGCACAGAGGGCAGUGUAGGCACGGGCUGCAGUGUGUGUCAGUUAGACUGCGUGUCACCAGACGCUCUGGAUGCUCUGCUGGAGUUCGCCUACACGGCCACUCUCACCAUCCGCAGUUCGGGUAUGCGGGAGGUAAUGGAGGGUGCGCAGCUGCUCGGGAUACAGUGUGUAGCUGACGCCUGCCGGCACAUCCUGGGUGAGGCGGGUGAGGCAGGCGAGGCAGCUGAGGAGGUGCCCCGUCCUUUAGAUGAGGAUGGCCAUCGGGCAGCAUCACGCAGGAAACAGGAUCGGCGCAAUGUUGCCAAGGCCUGGAGGAAUACCCAGACACCUGAGCCAGUCAGACAGCAGAUAAGUGAAUACGAAAUGCCAGCCAGCCCGGAGCACCAGGAACACCCACAAAAUGGAGCAUCCAGAGCCAGUCAGCAGGGAGUCCUGCUGAAUGGAAGUGGACCUAGCGCACACUGGUCCCAUCCACUGCCAUCUGAAGAACCUCCCUCAGAGGAUGAGGAGGAAGAGUCAAGAAGCAUGCAGCCAGUUAGCUCUCUCCCCCACAGUCUUCCCCCACAGGCCGAAUCAGUGCGGGCCGUAGGUGGUGGUGGCAGGAAAAGGAAAUCUCAGACGCCACAGCAGUGUCCUGUCUGCCAGAAGAUCAUCCAUGGUGCUGGAAAGCUGCCACGCCAUAUGAGAACGCACACAGGAGAGAAGCCCUUCCAAUGCGUGGCCUGCGGAGUCCGGUUCACACGGAAUGACAAACUGAAGAUACACAUGCGGAAGCACACAGGCGAGCGUCCUUACCCCUGCCCCAGCUGCCCUGCCCGCUUCCUGCACUCCUACGACCUAAAGAACCACCUAUCCCUGCACAGUGGUGACCGGCCCUAUGAGUGCCCACUGUGCCAUAAAGCCUUCGCCCGCGAGGAUCACCUACAGCGCCACCGCAAGGGUCAUAGCUGCCUGGAGUUUCGCACGCGCCGACCACGGAAAGGACCUGAGGAACAUCCAUCCUCUCCAGCCCAGCUCCAGCAUGGCCCUCUCCGGCUAACCACAGCAUCUGCGAGCUCUGCUGCUGGCCAACUCCUGUUCCAGCAGGACAGCCCAGGAGUAGCUGCGCACAGACCAACUCUGCUGGAGUCGAGUGGGGUCAGCUAUCCCAGCCUCCUCUGGAGGGCAAUGGAGGGCCAUCACAGGGCUGCAGGCAUGGAGGAGCGAGAGAGUGGCAUUUCACUCACACAUGUGGCAUGGGAAGAGGAGGAGGAAGAUGAGGAGGAUAUAGAAGAGGAGGGGUUGUAGUGGUGUGUGUGUGUGUCGGUAUGUGUAAGAGUGUGUGUACACAGAUCAAAUACAAUGUCAUAGCAGACAUAUCUGAGAGUGAGAGCAAACCUGUUUUUUCCAUCAUCAUCAUCAUCAUGACCAGUCUUCCUCGUGGUGUGGAGAGGAGCACUUACAGAUCUAACGGAAGAGAAAGGAAAAAGCUAAUGGAAAAAUGGGGUUUCUGAUGAUUCUGCUUUCUUUUACAGACCUCCUUAAGUGUUUUUCAUUUUCAUGUCCUUUUAUGUUUUGGUUUUAUUAUUUUAUGUUCUCAGUUUGUUUUCAGAUUUAAUUUUAUUGCUUUAUUUACUGGAAAAAUGUAAUAUAGAUCUAUUUUGUUAAUGUAUUAUGCAGGUAAGAUUGAAACUCACAAUACGAGUUUAGAGAUGGAGCGACAAGAAAGAAAACAAGUGUAGCGUUCUCUUUAUUUUCCCUUUAUUACUACAAUCCUGUCAUCUACUGGUGGAGAGUGGAUCUGCACUUCUACAGGCUGAUCUCAGUUCUUUACACUUCCAGGAGAAUGUGCGUGUGUGAUACUCUGAAAGAUAUGUCUGUUUGAAGCUGCUGAUUAUUUAAGUCCAAAAAAGG